AUGUCGCGUGCAGUGACGCCACAGCGACGUGGCAGAGAGCAGGAUGCGGAGUCCGAAGGCAUGUAUGCAAGUGGCUCGGGGACACAAAGCAGCAAGCGGCGUCGAGUAGAGGAUGAUGUUGCAACCGAAGACGGUGACGGUGACGCCGACACUGAUGAGGACGAGCCCUCAGAGCGUCCGCUGCUUCCUGACAGCUACAGACGGUCUCCAAAGAACAAGGGACGCGCCCGAGAUGUCCCAGGUGGCCAUGGCCAGCAGGAACACAAGCCCGGAUCCAUCGUGCGAGUAACACUUCGGGAUUUCGUGACCUACACCAAUGCCGAGUUCCACCCCGGUCCCAACCUGAACAUGGUCAUCGGGCCAAACGGGACUGGAAAGAGUACUCUCGUAUGUGCAAUAUGCAUCGGUCUUGGCUGGAGUACUGUGCAUCUCGGCCGCGCGAAGGACAUCACCGAGUUUGUCAAGCAUGGUAUGAAAGAAGCCACUAUCGAGAUAGAGCUGAAGGCCGACCCACAGCGCCACACCACCAACCCGGUGAUAACGCACACAAUCAACCGCGAUGGUGGUCGCAAGUCUGGACCAAGCAAGUCUCUUUGGCAGAUAGACGGCAAGAAAAGUAAUGCCAAGGAGGUGCAAAGGCUGGCCAGGAGCUUUCACAUCCAGGUCGAUAAUCUCUGCCAAUUCCUCCCACAAGACCGCGUGGUUGAGUUCGCAGCACUCUCACCCGUUGAGCUUUUGGUCCAGACUCAAAGAGCUGCAGCUCCUGAACAGAUGUCCAAAUGGCACGAUCAGCUCAAGUCUAUGGGCAAGGAGCAGAGGUUGAAGCUGGUGGAGCAAGAAAAUAUCACGCAGCAACUCAAGUCGAUGGAGAAUCGGCAGAGGAUGCAGCAAGCCGAUGUGGAGCGUCUUCGUGAGCGCACUGAGCUGCAGGAUCAGCUUCACCUGCUGCAGCGGAUGCAGCCAUUUGCAGAUUACGCCAAGUUGCAGAGCCAGUACAAGCAAGCCAGGAAAGAAUGGAGCGUUGCCGAUAAAGAGCUUCGGCAUUUGCAGCGGAGAAUGGAGCCCAAUGUCCGAGCUGUGGACACCAAACAGGCCUACCGGGACCACUUGACCAACGUUGUAGCCUCGCGCGCUCGUCUUCUUGCUCGGUCAGAGAACAAGGCCGAUCAGCUUGUGCAGAAAGUCGACGACAAGGCCGAAGCCAUCAAAGGACUUGAACAAGAAAUCGAUGCAGAAAAGGCGGGUCGCAAAAAGUCGAGUGAGACAAUCAACAAAUAUCAGCGACUUGUGCGGAGCAUUCAGCAUGAGCGAGAGAAUCCUCCUCCAGACUUCGAUCCGGUGAAGAUGAACGAAGAGAUCAAGAGCAUCAAAGAUGAGGUUCGAAGACUUGACACCGAGAUCAAUAACAGCGUGAACACCCAACGAGACCUCGGACAUCAGGCUCAGCAGCGCACGCAGAUCAUUGAGCAGGAGACUGCAAAUAGACUACACCUUCAAUCUCAAGUCGGACGGCAGGAGAGUAAGCUCGAAAGCGCUUCUUCUGAUGCUGCCAAAGCCUGGAAAUGGAUCCAGGAGAACAAGGAUAAGUUUGCUGGAGAGGUCUACGCGCCGCCCAUGAUAUCAUGCUCGGUGACCGACGCAAGAUACGCGGAUGCUGUAGAGGCAAUCAUCGGUCAAGGAGAACUCAUGGCAUUCACUGUGACAUCGCAAGCAGAUUUCCGAGUCCUGGAGGAGCAGGUUUAUCGGCGCAUGCAUCUGACUCACGUCAACAUUCGCACUGCAGGACAGCUUUUGACCACCUUCUCGGCUCCAUUCUCUCAAGAGGAGCUGCGGCAGUACGGGCUGCAUCACUGGCUACUUGAUCUGAUUGAGGGUCCUGACCCGGUUCUUGCCAUGCUCUGCGACAACACUGCCAUCCACCAGACGGCAUAUGGUGAGCGGGAUAUCACCAACAAUCAGCUUGAGGCUAUUAAACAGACCGCGAUUGGCUCCCUGGUCGCAGGGCGCCAGUCUUUUCGGGUGACCAGACGUCGGGACUUGGGUGACCACGUCGUGUCUACUCGCGUAUCGACUAUCAACAGCUCUAAGCUCUUGACAGAUGCUCCAGUCGAUACACAUGAGGAACAAGAAAUCAAGCGCCGCAUUGGUGAGGCCGAAUCUGAGAAAGAAGAGAUUGCGAAAGAGAUAGCCGGGGUGGCCUCACGAUGCAGCGAGCUACGUACGGAGAUGCGACGCCUCGAAAUCCACCAAAAACAACUUGUGGAGGACAAGAAUCAUAAACAACAAGCGUAUUCCAAAUUCAUGGGACUGGAGACCAAGGAGGAAGAAGCACAGGCCAAAGUGGACGAAGCCAAGGAAUCGAUGAAGGGCGUGCGCCAAAGGGUCGAUACCCUGAAGGAAGAGAUCGAGCAGCGGACUUUGGAGAGAGCACAGUUGACGGUCGAUGCUGCCAGGGCCAUUGAUGCGCUGAAAGGUUUACACGUGCAGCUGUACGAAGCGGAGAUAAUGCAGAUCGAAGCGGGCUCAGAUCUCGAACAGUUACAAGCCCGACACGCUGAUGAGCAACAUCAGCUCGAGGUGAAACAGCAAGAGGUGCACCAGCUCAAGGAGACCACAGACCAAGCGAAAGAAAGGGGCUUAGAGGCGCAGGCUAAAUGCAGGGAGAUUCAGCCAACCAUGACGGACAAAGAGCUUGAAUACUACAACGAGGCUGAGAGUCACUGGGAGGACAUAGAUCUCGAUGCCGAGAUCCAGACCGUGGAAGCAUCGCUUGAGUCCCGACUUGGCGGCAAUGAAAACAUUCUUCAAGAGUUCGAGGAGCGCGCCCGCAAGAUCGAACAGAAGCGUGCACAAGAGGAAGGCCUCGUUGAAUCCCUCGAGCAAAUCAGGACCAGCAUCGAGAACAUUAGGCAGCAGUGGGAGCCUGAACUUGACCGCCUGGUGAAGCAGAUCUCGGACGCAUUUGGUGAGAACUUUGAGCGCAUUCAAUGUGCUGGCGAAGUCGGCAUCUACAAGGAUGAUGACUUCGAGCAGUGGGAAAUACAGAUCAAAGUCAAAUUCAGAGAGAAUGAACAGCUCAGCGUGCUCAACAGCCACCGACAAUCCGGCGGCGAGCGUGCUGUGUCAACGAUCUUCUACCUUAUGGCUCUUCAAAGCCUAGCCAAAGCGCCGUUCCGUGUGGUUGACGAGAUCAAUCAAGGAAUGGAUCCCCGCAACGAGAGGCUUGUACACUCUCGUAUGGUGGAAAUCGCCUGCGCAGAGCACACCAGCCAGUAUUUCCUGAUCACGCCGAAGCUGUUGAACAACCUGACCUAUCAUCCCAACAUGAAGGUCCACUGCAUCGCUUCAGGAGAAUAUAUGCCGGAUGACCAUCGUGAGCUGGACUUCGGCAUGCUGGCAGAGAGGGCGCUGGCUGUUCGAGCUGCAGGUAAUUGA